AUGGCCUUCAAUGACCUCCUGCUGCAGUUGGGGGGCGUUGGCCGCUUCCAGAAGAUCCAGAUCACCCUGGUGAUCCUCCCUGUGAUCCUGCUGGCCUCCCACAACACCCUGCAGAACUUCACCGCUGCCAUCCCUACCCAUCACUGCCGCCCACCGGCCAACACCAACCUCAGUGAGGAUGAGGACGCGGAGGCCUGGCUGCCCCGGGAUGGGCAGGGGCGGCCCGAGUCCUGCCUCCUCUUCACCUCCCCGCAGCGGGGACCGCCCUUUCCCAAUGGCACAGGAGCCACAGAGCCCUGCCCCCAUGGCUGGAUCUACGACAACAGCACCUUCCCUUCCACCAUCGUGACUGAGUGGGACCUCGUGUGCUCUCACAGGGCCUUACGCCAGCUGGCUCAGUCCUCAUACAUGUUGGGAGUGCUUCUCGGAGCCAUGGUAUUCGGGUGCCUAGCAGACAGGCUGGGCCGCCAGAAGGUGCUGAUCUUCAACUACCUGCAGACAGCCGUGUCAGGAACCUGUGCCGCCUUCGCUCCCAGCUUCCCCGUCUACUGUGCCUUCCGGCUCCUCUCGGGCAUGUCGAUAGCUGGCGUCGUCCUCAACUGCAUAACACUGAAUGUGGAGUGGAUGCCCAUCCACACACGGGCCUACGUGGGCACCCUGACCGGCUAUGUCUACAGCCUGGGCCAGUUUCUCCUGGCUGGUGUGGCCUAUGCUGUGCCCCACUGGCGUUACCUACAGCUGUUGGUCUCUGUGCCCUUUUAUGCCUUCUUCAUCUACUCCUGGUUCUUCAUCGAGUCGGCCCGCUGGCACGCUUCCUCCGGGAGGCUGGACCUCACCCUGAGAAACCUGAAGAGAGUGGCCUGGAUCAAUGGGAAGCGGGAAGAGGGGGCCAAUCUAAGUAUGGAGGCGCUCCAGGCCAGUCUGCAGAAGGAGCUGACCACAGGCAAGAGCCAGGCCUCGGCCCUGGAGCUGCUGCGCUGCCCUGCCCUUCGCCGCCUCUUCCUCUGCCUCUCAAUGCUGUGGUUUGCUACUAGCUUUGCCUACUACGGGCUGGUCAUGGACCUGCAGGGUUUUGGGGUCAGCAUCUACCUAAUCCAGGUGAUCUUUGGUGCUGUGGACCUGCCUGCCAAGCUUGUGAGCUUCCUUGUCAUCAACAAUGUGGGCCGCCGGCCUGCCCAGAUGGCCUCACUGCUGCUGGCAGGCAUCUGCAUCCUCAUCAAUGGGGUGAUACCCCAGGAUAAGUCCAUUGUCCGAACCUCUCUUGCUGUGCUGGGGAAGGGCUGUCUGGCUUCCUCCUUCAACUGCGUCUUCCUGUACACUGGGGAGGUGUACCCCACAAUGAUCCGGCAGACGGGACUGGGUAUGGGCAGCACCGUGGCGCGAGUGGGCAGCAUUGUGAGCCCGCUGGUGAGCAUGACCGCUGAGCUCUACCCCUCCGUGCCUCUCUUUAUCUACGGCGCUGUCCCGGUGGCUGCCAGCACUGCCGUUGCCCUCCUGCCGGAGACCCUGGGCCAGCCUCUGCCAGACACAGUGCAGGAUAUGGAAAACAGGAGGAGAGGGAACACGAGGAAGCAGCAAGAGGAGCUGCAGAAGCAGAUGGUCCCACUCCAGGCUUCAGCACAAGCGAAGAACUGA